GAUAAAUAAGCUACUAUUCUCAAACGCUAGGUAAAUCGAGCACACAGGAGAUUCUAAAAUACAAAAUGCACAUUCUUGUUGUGAAUGAUGAUGGUCCUCCAUCAAACCAGUCGUCCCCAUACGUCCAUUCGCUAGUCAACAGUCUCCAGUCCGCCGGCCACACCGUCUCCGUCGUUCUCCCGCACAGGCAAAGAUCAUGGAUAGGCAAAGCGCACCUCGUCGGCGCAACCGUAAAACCUAUGUAUUUCCGUCCAGGCACGCUACACCAGGAUGACGGGACAAUUCACCACCUUCCGCGCGAAUUCGACGGCGAAACCGGUGGAGUUGGAGAUGAAUGGAUGCUCAUUGAUUCAACGCCAGCAAGCUGCGUCCAAAUUGGUUUAUUCCAUUACAACCAAGGCCGGGGGCCCAUAGAUCUUGUUAUUUCUGGUCCAAACUAUGGAAGAAAUACUACGUCUGUGUUUUCGUUGUCGAGUGGGACAAUUGGCGGCGGGCUCGAGGCAGCUGUGUGCGGAGUCAAGGCUAUUGCCCUUUCUUACGCUUUUAGCUCUAGGAACCAUGACCCUGUGAUUAUUGCCGAGGCAUCUAGGCUUUCUAUUCGUCUAAUCGAGCAUCUGUACAAGAAUUGGGGAGAGGGAGUGGAAUUAUAUAGCAUCAAUGUUCCUCUUGAACCCGGGGUGGAGCACGCUAAGAUAUUGUACACGCCUAUCUUGGAAAAUCGUUGGAAAUCAGGGAGCUGCUUUGAAGAGAUUGACGCAGAGUCAAGCGGCGAGGGCCCGGAUUUGCAGGAACAACAGUUACGAGAGGGCGAGAUGACGCUGAAAACUGGCGAGAAACCUUCUGGUCCAAAGUAUCAUCACCGACACUUCAAAUGGGCACCCAAGUUCACAGACGUCUACAAAAGUAUUGAAGAGAGCGAACCAGGAAAUGAUGGCUGGGCCGUUAAGAUGGGAUAUACUAGGGAAAGAAGUGUGCCUAAAAUUUACGCGGUAGUGGAAUGCGAUGACGAAUAUGUUCAACCCCUUGUCCUUGAAGCUCUCCAGAAAGGUUUCAAGGGAGUACCUUAUCAAUUGAUAUCCUCGCCAUGCAAACCCCCUAGCCCCUCCUCACCAGUCCUACAAUAUCGAGUCUAUGAGAAGUCCGACUUCGACCACGUGCUUGCACAUCCAUCGACGUCCCUAGUGAAUUCGUAUGUGAUUCGAAAAGCACUCAUUCGCAAACAUUAUCUGUCAAACACAGUUGCGAAUUGGAUCACCAAGCAUCCUAAUAGCAUUCUCCGGAAACACUUCAAGCCUGCGGUAGAAUUCGAGCUGGAUUUUGCGGAGUUUUUGGACGAGGCAUUGCUCGAAGCCUACGAGUUGCGGGACAGCUUUGAAAAGAAUGAAGAGAGAGAAGAAUCAGAAAAAGAGUGGUGGAUUUUGAAACCGGGGAUGAGCGAUCGGGGCCAAGGCAUUCGUCUCUUCAAUAGCGAAUCUUCCUUGCAGGCCAUAUUUGAAGAAUGGGAGGAGGAGGAGGAUGAAGAAGAAGCUGAAGACGAAGGCGAAGAGCAAAAGGAUAGUGACGGUGCGGCUAAUUCUUCAAAUGAUAACAGCGAUCGCCUCGACAAUGGAGUUGUUACAUCCCAGCUACGCCAUUUCAUCGCCCAACCUUACAUUCACCCUCCACUUCUCCUACCUUCAUCGGACAACCGGAAAUUUCACAUUCGCGUGUAUGCAUUGGCGGUAGGCUCCCUAAAGGUCUAUGUCCAUAGAGAAAUGCUGGCUCUCUUCGCUGAGAAACCUUAUGCUGCGCCGUGGGAGAAAGGAGGAGUGGAAGAACUCACUCGUCAUCUAACCAAUACCUGUCUUCAGACGGACGAAACCGGAAGUGCUAAUGCUGAUAGUGUCCGCCGUUUUUGGGCUCUCGACGAUAGUGUUCCCUCGAUUGCUUCGAACUGGAAAUCGCGUGUUUACGAGCAAAUCUGUGCUGUUACCGGUGAAGUUUUUGAAGCUGCAGCCAGGGGGAUGAUGGUGCAUUUUCAAACGCUUCCCAAUGCAUUUGAAUUAUUUGGCGUCGACUUUUUAGUUGACGAGCAUGGUGACGUCUGGUUGCUGGAACUGAACGCUUUUCCCGAUUUUCGGCAGACUGGAUCAGAGCUCAGAGACCAAGUUGUAGGAACAUUAUUUGAAGAAGUAGUGGAGGUCGCAGUUAAACCAUUUUUCGGGAUUGGAAACGCAAGUGAUCGUGAUCCUCCCACCACCGACUCUAUGGAUGAUGAAAGCAAAGCUCGACUCCGUCUAGUGACCAGUCUCGAUCUGGGUCUCAGAAAAUGA